CUUCCUAAACCCUGAAAACGGCAUGGUGAUCGCUGGUGCGUUCUCUUCAAGCUUUAUUCUAGCACCUCCGUCCACCACCGUCUACUCCGUUUCGAAAAGUGGUCGACCUUGGUGCGCAUAUCUACGCAGGAUGAAGCCUCGAAUGGAGGCCCAGGCCCAAGCGAAGCCCAAAGAGGCUAAACUGUGGGGUGGAAGGUUCGAGGAAGGCGUGACCGAUGCGGUUGAGAGGUUCACGGAAUCGAUCUCUUACGAUAAGCAACUAUACAAACAGGACAUUAUGGGAAGCAGAGCUCAUGCUUCAAUGCUUGCUCAACAGGGAUUGAUGAGUGUAGCUGAUAGGGAUUCUAUUCUUAAAGGUCUUGAUGAGAUAGAGAAGCGUAUUGAGAAUGGUGAGUUCAAUUGGAGAACUGAUAGAGAGGAUGUGCACAUGAACAUUGAAGCCGCACUCACUGAUAUGAUUGGUGAACCUGCCAAGAAGCUACACACUGCUCGGAGUAGAAAUGAUCAAGUGUUGACUGAUUUACGCCUCUGGUGUCGUGAUGCCAUUGAUAGGAUCCUCAGAGGCAUCAAACACCUGCAGGUUACGCUGGUUGAGUUGGCUUUGAAGAAUGAGGGUCUCAUUGUUCCUGGUUAUACUCAUUUACAGCGUGCGCAACCUGUUCUACUGCAACAUCUUCUGCUGGCAUAUGUUGAGGAGAUUGAGCGUGAUGCUGGUCGAUUGGUAGACUGUAGAGUUAGGAUGAAUUUCUGCCCCUUAGGGGCUUGUGCAGUGGCCGGUACAGGGCUACCCAUUGAUCGAUUCAUGACUUCAAAUGCCUUAGGAUUUACAGCUCCCUUGAGGAAUAGCAUAGAUGCAGUUUCUGACCGAGAUUUUCUACUGGAGUUUCUUUCUGCUAAUGCCAUCACAGCAGUGCAUCUUUCUCGGCUCGGUGAAGAAUGGGUAUUGUGGGCUUCGGAGGAAUUUGGAUUUAUCACACCAGGUGACUCUGUUUCAACUGGAAGUAGUAUGAUGCCUCAGAAAAAGAAUCCGGAUCCAAUGGAACUUGUUCGUGGGAAAUCUGCCAGAGUCAUAGGAGAUCUGGUUACUCUUCUCACAUUGUGCAAAGGACUUCCUCAUGCUUACAAUCGUGAUUUGCAGGAAGACAAAGAACCAGUAUUUGACAGUGUUAAAACUAUUCUGGGGAUGCUUGAGGUAUCGGCCGAAUUUGCGCUGAACAUUACCUUCAAUAAGGACAGAAUACAAAAGGCUUUACCUGCUGGUCAUCUUGAUGCAACCACACUUGCUGAUUAUCUUGUUAAGAAGGGAGUACCAUUUAGGACGUCUCAUGAUAUCGCUGGAAGAUCUGUUGCUUUAUGUACAUUGAAGAACUGCCAAUUGCUGGACUUGAGUCUGGAAGAGCUCAGAAGUAUAAAUCCAGUCUUUGAGGAUGAUGUGUAUGAAUAUCUUGGAGUAGAAAAUGCCAUCGAGAAAUUCAGCUCUUAUGGUUCCACCGGGUCGGCAUGCGUUGCCAGCCAACUUGAUUAUUGGACUAAAAAACUUGAAAUGAAGUGAAGGUUACCCUAAUUGUCAUGAAGUUCUAAUCAUGCCAUGGAAGCCAUUUCUGAAGACUUGGAAUAAAAGCCUACUACUGCUUACCAAAGAUCCUGCAACAUGUUAUUUAGGCAUAUUUAGGUGCUCUUUCAAAAAAUCAUCCCCUGCUUUAACAAUUAACACACUUUAACUAGAAUGUUGCAACAAUUAAAUGUAUUUAAUAAUUUUAAGAUAAAAAUAUUUGUAUUUUCAAUCUACCGUCAAUCAUUGUUGUUGCCUGUC